AUGUGCUGCAUUAUCAGUGUUACCUGGUUUUUAGCUGUUGGAGUGGCAGCAUUUUCAACAAUCAUAAUGACCCGACUGUCUUUUUGCAACUCUGUCAGAGUGGUUAGUUAUUUUUGUGACUAUGCACCUGUGUUUCGACUUGCCUGUAAUGAUAACUCAUUGCAGUGGUCCACAGCUUCAUUCUCCUCCGUUUUUCUCCUUGGGGUGCCUUUUGUUAUUUUCCUCACUUAUGUGAGCAUCCUGGUGACUGUGUUCAGGAUGAAAUCUGUGGACCGACGAAUGAAAGCUUUGGCCACGUGUGUUGAACAUAUAACUGUUGUUGCUAUAUUUUACAUUCCUAUUUUUGUUAUUUUUGCCAUUGGGUUUUAUUCAAGGGUAGUUGAACCAGAGAAGAGAGUUCUGAGUCUGUCGUUGGCAUCUUGUCUGCCUCCUUGCAUUAAUCCUAUUGUUUAUUCUCUGAAAACUAAAGAGAUCAAAAUUAGAGCAUUGGCUAUCUUUAGAAAAUCUAAAAUUAAUGCAAAAAUCUGA